UAUAUAUGCUCAUAUUUUAAUCACAGGUCUAUUCAUUAUGGAUCCGGGACCGGAGAAUCCCGACGUUUUGUACCUUCAGGCGAGUCAUUGUUCAGACCAUAUUGGUUCGGGAGAGCCCGUACCAGAGUACACGAUGAUCGAGCAUUCCCAUAGUCAUUCGGCAUGGGUCAUAGAGGAUGAGAGGGUACUAGCUUUGAUCGCUCAGGCCGGUUUUCGACCGUGUUCGACGAUUCGUUAUAUCAGGCUUGAUUGGCCGCUUAUCACUGCUUUGAUUGAGAGGUGGAGGCCAGAGACCAACACCUUUCACAUGCAUAUAGGGGAGUGCACGAUCACUUUACAGGACGUGGCCGUCAUACUUGGGCUCCGGAUUGAUGGACCGGUAGUUACGGGCACCGACGAUCAUAGUUGGCCGGAGGUAUGUGCCCGGCUACUUGGACAGGUUCCCGACUUGAGGAGUGGUGCGAUGAAGCUAUCGUGGCUUCGUCAGACAUUUCAGGGCGACAUACCAGAGGAUGCCUCUGAUGAGACGCUCCAGUUUCAUGCUCGUGCAUACAUAUUGCACAUGAUAGGGUGCGUACUAUUUCCUGAUGCGAGCAAGACUCUCGUACAUGCACGAUGGCUGCCACUGCUGGAGGAUUUUGGUGUAUGCGGGGCACUAUCGUGGGGCAGUGCGGUGUUGGCAUAUUUGUAUCGAGAAUUGAGUAGAGUAUCUCUGAUGCAGAAUAAAGAAUUCAAGGGAUGCUGUACGUUGAUACAGAUUUGGUCAUGGGAGCGCAUUCAUAUUGGACGACCCACUUUACUUAUGCACCGUGACUUAGAGGGGCAGUAUCCGUUGGCAUACAGGUAUAACGUGCGAUACGCUCAGUACAAAUCAGCGACGCGUCACCGUCAGUUUUACCGAAAUGAGCUUGAUGGCCUCCAGCAUGAACAGUUCAAGUGGAGACCCUAUACACCGCCGGAGCUCGAUAUACAUUCUCUUGCACCUAUCUGCCGAGAUAGUCCCGACUUGUGGAGAGCCAGAGUUCCAUUGAUCUGUUGGGAGAUCGUAGAGAUGCAUGUACCGGACCGUGUGCUACGGCAGUUUACACUCUCUCAGCAUAUUCCAGAUCCUGUCGAGCAGAUCAAUCGUCGGCGGCGCCCUACAUCGCACCGGACUGACUGGGCCGUAGUCCGUGCGGACUACAUAGGCAGGUGGGUUCAGAGGUGGGAUUGCAUACAGGAUACGAGGCCCACAGCUGUUGACUAUACCACGUAUAUGCGUUGGUAUUGGGGUAUCACACGUAGAUGGAUCACGCGUGACCCACAGCCUUUAGCUGGACACAUGCCACGCCCACCGACAGAUAGUUACAUCCCUAGUGGGAUGAACGAGAGAGAUUACGUCCGUGUUUUAGAUAGCAUUGAUGCUGAUAUUGAUGCGCACGUGACUGAGAUUCAGGAUCAGGUGGCGUUAGGUCUCCUCAGCAGGAUCAAGAAGAGCAUAGCGCAGGUGUUCCAUAAGACUCACGUCGACGAGUUCGCAGGCCGUGAGGACAGGUCUCGCUCAUUUGGACGGGCGUACGCUCGACGUCGACGGCCGCGUGAUGAUGACGCCGGCACUUCGCAUGCCGAUGGAGCCGGCACUUCGCAGCUUCAUACACAGUCGGAUACUCAGAUAGUUGAGGCUCAUCAGUAG